AUGUCGACAUCGCACAGCACUGCAACUAACGCUUCAAUCAGCACUUCAAUGAGCACAUCACUCGGUACUUCUGCCCGAAUAUCCAACGUGGGGAGAGCCAGUAAGGUACUUUCCAAGGUCAACACUGGACACAAAGUCAGUACCGACGAAAUCGUUCGCGCUACUGGCGAACUUCCCAACAUCGCUCCGGGGAGCCUCAAGCCCGGCGUACAUCUAGGGCAAGGCACCAGCUUCCAAGUAUCGAGAGACGAGUACCAUAAGCACGGCGGCACCCCUUAUUAUGUGGCAGUAAAACGCUUCGUGGACUCUAGUGCGUAUGACAAUGACAAGGUUCCCGGCCACUAUGCGUCUUUUCUGCGAGAGGUUGCAGUUCUACUGCACCCACCGAUACGUACGCAUGGUUGUUUCAUCCGGACCAUAGCAUGCGGAUGGGACGACAGGCCGAGUCAGGAAUUCCAGCCGUACCUGGUCAUGGAUUACUCAAUUCACGGCACCUUACCCCAGUACCUUCGCCGGUGCAGAAUCCCACCAAGCGAGCGACAGGAGUUAGCACUCGACGUCACCUCAGGGCUGAAAUUCCUCCACGAAUGCCACAUCAUCCAUGGAGAUAUCAAACCGAACAACAUUCUCAUCUAUGAUAAUACAGAAGUCGGCGGCGAUGGCAUCCUAAGACCUCAGGUAGCAAAGCUCUCUGAUUUCAGCAGUGCGCGAUUCAGCCAAGAUUUUCAGGAUGGGUCCAAUGUCCAGUACGACGGCACUCCGAAAUACAAUGCGCCAGAGAUAGAACACACUGGCCAGAACCUAUUUACAAAGGAGCCAGGAAGUCUUUCGUUAUUUGCCAAGGCUGACAUUUACUCACUUGGACUUCUUAUCUGGGAGACGAUGAAUAACGGAGGAUCAUACAUCAACAAGUCACACUUGCUGCUUCAAGAGGGAGAACAACAGUACCUGAGAAGGAUACUCGCGAAUGAUGUUGACGCCGUUCGCAACCUCGCUCUUGACUAUUUCCAGUCGACGAAGAUGUUUUCAACUAGCUCAGUACUAGGCAAUGCUGUCAAAGAGGCGACAAUCAUGUGUCUAUUCGGAAACCCUUUUCAACGCGAAGAUUUGAGCAAAGUCCUGACAACACUGGCAGGGGGCACGAAGGAGGAGCGGCCCCGACAAUCGACGGCGAUGGACAGAUACAACCCUCUUGGCACAAACAUGGAUGGCUUGGACUUUGGUGGUACGAAAAACCGCGCAACAAGUCAACAACGUAACACCACGUACACUUUGAUGCCCGCAACUUCGGACGAUUUCAUUGUUCGUACGCCGACCGAUGACUCUCUUGCUGUAGUGUCUACCGCUGCGCCCGUGCCAUCUAUGGAGGUUGGUAGAGUGUCUUUGUUCGAGCGGAGUGAGUUUGACGUGUUCAAGAGCAUCGAGACGCCAAUACUCCAAGAUCUCGACGACCUCGGCCAGGACGCUGCAAAAUCGGAUCCUUUCGUGGAGAACACUGAAGCCUCGAAUUUCAUCGAUCUUCGCAAAGCUGUGCUCCGUGAAUCCGCUCAGGGCGGUACCGAGAUCAGUCACGCCGUAGUCAAGUUCAAGCGAGGUCAAACCGCACGCCACGUGGGUACAAUUGGAGAUGAACAUGUGGUCCUCGAAACCUUCUCUUACACAGCCAACCCUGAUGAUGGUGCACCGUACCCGGCGACCGCAAAACAGGUAAAACAUAUUUCGGGACUACUUGCUGCUGUAAAGCAGCAGCAGAACUUCCGUAUACUCCCAUUCCGAGGGUUUUUCCACAACAAGGUUCGCCAUGAGUUCGGUCUCGUUUUCGACAGACCACCUUCAUCCGAUGCAGGAAAUAGCUUCUGUUCCCUAAGAGACCUAUACAAGAAGCACGAAAUUGUCCCGCUCGGUCAUCGAGUUUACCUCAUUCACGCACUCUGUGUGGCCAUGCAGUAUUUCCACCGCGUCAAGUGGGUCCACAAAGGCAUCAGAAGCGCCAAUAUCGCCUUCAACAGCAUCGUCGGCGACGAGGGCAGCAUUAGCCGACCAGCCCAGGGACCGAAAACAGUAGAAGAUCUUGUGAAGCAAGAAGGACCAGGCACCACGGCCGGGGUUGGAUGCUUUGACCUCGCGCAACCCUAUCUCUUCGGUUUCGAGUACGCGCGAGCCGACGACCAGGGAACCAACCGGGAGGAAGACUAUACCCCGCAGAACAACAUGUACCGACACCCGGACCGCUGGGGCCGCCCCAGGGUGGAUUACACGAAGACGCACGAUGUCUACGCACUAGGCGUCGUGAUGCUGGAGGUUGCGCUGUGGAGAGACAUCGAAAGCAUUUGCAAAACGAGGGACCAGAAGCCGGGCAACAUGAGUGCCUCCUACGUGUACGAGAGGGCGAAGAAGAAGUGCCAGGGGGAGGUCGGGCACCGCGUCGGGGACGUGUUGGCACAAGCUAUUGUCACAUGCCUGGACUUCGCGGAUUUGACGAAGGACAUGAGCGAGUACGACUCGCACCUCUGUUUUCAGCACAGAGUCGAAAGUCGAGUUGGACAGAUAGUAGGGAAAGUAUGA